AUGGCGGAUGCAAUGCGCAGUAUUUUGGAAGACCCCAUUACCCUCGACCUCAUGGAAGAGGCGAUGGUUGCCCCGUGUGGCCACUCCUUCUCGCGCGAGUCGAUCGAGAGGUGGGUGCGUGACGAUGCCAAGCACUUCUGCCCUCUGUGCCGGCAGGCCCUCACCCUGGACCAGCUCCGCCCCAACUUCUCCCUGCGCGACGCCGUCGAAAAGUAUAAGGUGGCCAAUGGCGAGCCCGCCACUGAUCGCCGCGGACUCAACAUCACAAGGCCCAUUGCUCAGUGGUCGGUGGCCGAGACACAGGAGUGGAUUUCGAACUUUGAGGACUGGGUGGAGGACAGCGUUCUCAUCACCGAACACAAGAUCGAUGGCCAGACACUGGCGAGAAUGACCGAAGAGGAGUUGAAGGACAAGCUCAACGUCACUGACGACAACGUGGGUCCGCUCAUGGACAAGAUCGCCAAGAUCAAGAACAUUUCCAACCAUUUGACCAAUGCCGAUCGAGUCGAGACCGUCGUCAUGGACAAGAAGCCUGCCGCAUCAACAUCAGGUUCCAGCGGUGUCGGCGAUAUUGAAGCCGGCGGUGGCGGUGCGGGAGCGGGGGACAACAAUUCUCGCGGCUGGUUUGGGCGUCGGGUGGAUCUGGCGAAGGAGAGCGAGACUGGCUGCUGUCUGUUCGAGUGCGAGCGAUCCUUCCUCUGCGAGUGCGCACACGGGUGGUACAAGGGCUGCCACUUCAAGCCGUACAGACCACCAGCGGCGAUCUUCUGCGAGCACUGCGGUGGCAAGAGCGCGACAUAUGCUCGGCGAACGUUCUGGGGCAUCUGCUUCAUUCCCUUCGUGAUGAUCAUCCUCUUCUUGCUCUUCCUCGAGGCCGCCUUCUGGUUCAUGGUGGCUGCGCUCUCCAUAUUCGUCCUCCUCUGCGUGUGUGCCGUCGCCAUCGGCGCCAACUCGUAG